AGGGCUGGGCUGGGUAUGGCGGCGCUGCAGUUCGGGGCGGCCAGCGGGGCCGAAGAGCCGGUGCUGCCGGGCGGGAGCUUCGGAACGGCGGACUCGUUCCCCAAGGAUUUCGGCUACGGCGCCGAGGACGACGACGACGAGGAUGACGACGAGGCGGCCGAGCUGGGCGGAGGCGGAGGGCCCGGCGGGGGAGGGGGCUGCGGGCUCGGCCCGGGCGGCGACGCUUCCAAGCAGCCCCGCAUUCUGCUCAUGGGGUUGCGCCGCAGUGGGAAAUCGUCCAUCCAGAAGGUGGUGUUUCACAAAAUGUCUCCCAAUGAAACCUUGUUUUUGGAGAGUACUAACAAGAUCUAUAAAGAUGAUAUUUCCAACAGCUCCUUUGUGAACUUCCAAAUAUGGGAUUUUCCUGGGCAAAUGGAUUUUUUUGACCCAACGUUUGAUUAUGAGAUGAUCUUCAGAGGAACUGGAGCCCUGAUCUAUGUUAUUGAUGCACAGGAUGACUACAUGGAAGCUUUAACUAGGCUCCACAUUACGGUAUCAAAAGCCUACAAAAUCAAUCCAGAAAUGAACUUUGAGGUUUUUAUUCAUAAAGUAGAUGGCUUAUCAGAUGACCAUAAAAUAGAAACUCAAAGAGAUAUUCAUCAGAGAGCGAAUGAUGACCUUGGUGAUGCUGGGCUAGAAAAACUUCAUCUUAGCUUUUACUUGACUAGCAUCUACGAUCAUUCAAUAUUUGAAGCCUUCAGUAAGGUGGUACAGAAACUUAUACCACAGUUGCCAACUUUGGAAAACCUAUUAAAUAUCUUUAUUUCGAAUUCAGGGAUCGAGAAAGCUUUUCUUUUCGAUGUUGUCAGCAAGAUUUAUAUCGCAACUGACAGUUCCCCCGUUGAUAUGCAGUCAUAUGAGCUCUGUUGCGACAUGAUUGAUGUAGUCAUUGAUGUUUCUUGUAUAUAUGGGCUAAAAGAGGAUGGGAGUGGAAGUGCUUAUGACAAGGAGUCUAUGGCAAUUAUCAAGCUUAACAACACAACUGUCCUGUAUUUGAAAGAAGUGACAAAGUUUCUUGCCUUGGUGUGCAUUCUCAGAGAAGAAAGCUUUGAACGCAAAGGUUUAAUAGACUACAAUUUCCACUGCUUCCGCAAGGCCAUCCACGAGGUCUUUGAAGUGGGCGUUUCCUCCCAUCGUUUCUGCAACCAUCAAGCAAAUCUGCCCAGUCUAAAAGCAGUGACUCAUAAUGGCACCCCUAGAAACGUGGUCUAGGGGAGAGCAUAUCUGUAUGGCCAAGUGCUUGCCCUACUCCUGGUGUGUGUAUAGGGGGGUAAGCAGAAAGAAGAUGGGCUGCAUACAUUUGUGUGCGCAUUCCAAAAGAGAAGAGAAACCUUGCCUUAUGGAGCUGCAAUCGCUAGCUGUGGCACAAACAGAAGGAGCUGCUAAGCCCUAGGGACUGAGAGUGGCUGCUUUCAUCUUCAUGCGGUGGCUCUUGGGAGUAAAACAUCUCCUUCCCCGGACAUCUCCCUUGAUAGAGCAUGGAUUAUUCCAGAGCUGAGCUGAAUUGACACUCGCUCAGUAUUUUUACAUGUUUAAGCCUAUGUAGAGUUUAGAUCAUUUGCCUUUCAGAGAAGUUUGGGACUUUAUUGUAGAAGUUCAGAAGCUCAAACUUAACAGCUCAUGGCUCAUUUUAGCACAGUUUCAAACAUUCCACGUGGUUCUCUUUGUUUAAUCAUAUUUUGCUGUAACAUCUUUUAAACAAUUCCUUAUUCUCUGAGCUGAAUUACCAUGCCAAGCUGUGCCAGCAGUCCUCAGUUAAAAGUCCAGCAGACCCAUUGAGCGACGGUGCUGAGAAGUCUGUGCUUCUGUUAUAAUUUGCUCUUUGUUUGAGAAUAUGAUAAAGACAAGACUUUGGUCAUCUUAAUGUUGCUUAGAAUGGGCUUAGAAUAUUUGUCUUGGAUUCUCAAGCUUGGCAGUGAGCUAGUGGACGUUGCUGGCAACAGUUCCUCUUCAUGGUCCUCCAGCUGCUUAUUACUAGAAUGAUUCGUGUUUCGCUCAGUCAUGCUUAAUUCCUCUGGACUUUUCAGUGCUUUUUGCCAAAAGUUGUAUAAAUUCACAGGUUAAGUUCUGGUAUGUGGCUCUGGCAAGUAUCCACUUGCCAGGUCUUAAAUUAUGUUGCUUGAAUUUGCAACUGUUGGUCGACAGACCUUUGUCCAAGGUUACCAAGUUCCAAAAAACUUCCCUCAGCUCUUGGUUGCAAGUUUUCGUAGGAUGGAAACUUGGCAUUUUGAUUACACGAACUUUUCUUGUGACCUCAUGUUUAUGUCAAUAAGUAAAAAGUUGCUGGUCCCUUU